GUUUUCUUCUUUGCCUUGGUACUAUGGAUGGGAAUACAGCAUUAUACGCAUUUGACCCGUAUAGAUUUUUAGUGUUCAUGCUGAUAUUCUAUAUCAUCCCUUAUCCUAUUUAUAGAUCCAUUGCUCAUUAUUAUUCUUGGGAGACCAAUGAGAAAACCAUGUCGAGGCACUGGAGUGACCUCGUCAAUGGUGUUUCUUAUGGUCUUAUCCUAUUUAUCUUUGGAAACUACACCCAUACUCUAGGGUGGGUUACUGUAGCGGCAUUUAUACCUUCCUUGUUUGCCUAUGCUUUAAUUGCCGAAUUGCCUUUUACUAGGACGUCUUUACCCAAUAUCAAGCACUGGCCUAAGGGUAUGUGGGUUGUUUUUAUCAUGGCUGUUUCUGUUAUUUUGGCUUUUGCAGCAUAUCAUAUAUAUUUAGGUUCGUUGCUACCUGCUCCCUUUCUCUUUUAUUACGUGUCAGCCUUGGUGAUACCUGUAGCGAUUUUGUGUUCUGGAUUUGCAUUACGCGCUGAAGUGAAUAGCAAUUACUGCCGAAGCCGAAUCGCCAAGUGGAGGAGGAAAAGAGAAGAGGUUACGGAAACCACGAGUUUGCUUGAGACAGUGAGUCCCUAUUCGAGACGGAUCUCGAUUCACCUGCAUCAUUGGCAAAUAUUUUACGUUUUAGCCUUCUUUACACGCUUUGAUCAUAUUGUCUCACAAAUCGGGGCAGGGAUUGUUUUAGCGUGUUAUAUGGAAGGAGUUUGCGCGUAUGGUUAUGAUGCAUUGGUCAAUGAUGAUUAA